CCUACGCCUGGGCUCCUAUUGGAGAUCGUGCUCGUCGCCGAGACUGUUUUGUUCGUGGAAAGCGCAAUGUCACUCGAUGGUAUACUGGCUCUUGAGGUCAGCGAGACAUCGUACACGACCGAAACCUUCAACAUGUUCGUUUCACGGCUUCUUACCCGCAUGAACCCAUUCCCACUGCCGAACUCUGUUCUCGUUAUCGACAACGCGUCCAUCCACAAAUCUCAAGCACUCAGGAUGAUGGUUGAGCGACGGUGA